ACAGCUGAUGUGGUAAUCUUGAGAGGUACAGAGAAAAAGUGGGCGGGUCAUGUGAAAUUCAUGAAAUGCUUGAGGAUAUAUUCUGCUGUUCAUUAAUCAUCAAAUGGGCCUGAAAUGAAAACACGGCUAUUAGGGUUGUGCUGAAGAAAUAAGAAGCAAAUGAUCACACUGGACUUUGGAGUAGUUUGGUCUCAGAAAUGUAUAUCAUCAUUUAUAACAGCGACUGAGAAUGAAUGCGGAGUCUCUCCAGACAAAAAAAAAGUGACUCAGAGGCUCCUCCAGUCUUGCCCCAACGAUGCUGCUUGGCCUUCUGGGUUUCAUAUGCCACGGGCAACAAGGUUCCCAAGGAGACCGAGGCGUAGGCUGACGCUGAGGACCAUGUUGCUGCUGGCAGUCCAGUGUGAAGCUGCUGGAGCGAGGGAGCAAAGGUAAAGAAUGAUGUAAUGCACUGGCGGCCCCAAAGCAUCUUUUGUUGUGAAAUGGUUAUUCCAGUCAUCUCUCUGUGAAUCCGAUGUGAGGGGCUGCUUUGUGGAAGGGGUCCUUUGCAAGAGCACAUCAACGGGGAAGAGAAAGAGACAUUCAGUUGGAGGGCUCUUGCUGAAAAUGGGUUUAACUCUCCUUUUGCCAGUCACCACCAGCCUGACCUCAUACAUUUUUAGUACAAUGGGGUGGCUGAGCCUUUGAGCACCCCACCAUUACAUCAUCGUGGCAAAUUAAAGGAGGAGGUGGAGAAGAGGACUUACUGUUGUCAUGGCCCAUGAGAUGAUUGGAACUCAAAUUGUUACUGAGAGGCUGGUGGCUCUGCUGGAAAGCGGAACGGAAAAAGUGCUGCUAAUUGAUAGCCGGCCAUUUGUGGAAUACAAUACAUCCCACAUUUUAGAAGCCAUCAACAUCAACUGCUCCAAGCUCAUGAAGCGGAGGUUGCAACAGGACAAAGUGUUAAUUACAGAACUUAUCCAGCAUUCAGCAAAACAGAAGGUUGACAUUGAUUGCAGCCAGAAGGUGGUAGUUUACGACCAGAACUCCCAGGAUGUUGCCUCUCUGUCAUCAGACUGCUUUCUCACUGUACUUCUGGGCAAACUGGAGAAGAGCUUCAGUUCUGUCCACCUGCUUGCAGGUGGGUUUGCCGAGUUCUCUCGUUGUUUCCCUGGCCUCUGUGAAGGAAAAUCUACCCUAGUCCCUACCUGCAUUUCUCAGCCUUGCUUACCUGUUGCCAACAUUGGGCCAACCCGAAUUCUUCCCAAUCUUUAUCUUGGCUGCCAGCGAGAUGUCCUCAACAAGGAGCUCAUGCAACAGAAUGGGAUUGGCUAUGUGUUAAAUGCCAGCAGUACCUGUCCAAAGCCAGACUUUAUCCCCGAGUCUCAUUUCCUGCGUGUGCCUGUGAAUGACAGCUUCUGUGAGAAAAUUCUGCCCUGGUUGGACAAAUCAGUGGAUUUCAUUGAGAAAGCAAAAGCAUCCAAUGGAUGUGUCCUGGUCCACUGUUUGGCUGGGAUCUCUCGCUCUGCCACCAUCGCUAUCGCCUACAUCAUGAAGAGGAUGGACAUGUCUGUGGACGAGGCCUACAGAUUUGUGAAAGAAAAAAGACCGACUAUAUCUCCAAACUUCAACUUUCUGGGCCAACUUCUGGACUAUGAGAAGAAGAUCAAGAAACAGACUGGAGCAUCAGGGCCAAAGAGCAAACUCAAGCUGCUACACCUGGAAAAGUCAAAUGACCCUGUCCCUGCAGUCUCAGAGGGUGGACAGAAGAGUGAGAUGUCCCUCAAUCCAUGCUGUGCCAACUCUGCUACCUCAGAGGCAGCAGGGCAAAGGCCUCUGCAUCCUGCCACCGUGCCCAGCAUGCAGCCAUCACUGUUAGAGGACAGUCAACUGGUGCAGGCGCUCAAUGGGCUCCACCUGUCCUCAGAUAAGCUGGAAGACAGCAGUAAGCUCAAACGUUCCUUCUCCCUGGAUAUCAAAUCGGUUUCGUAUUCAGCCAGCAUGGCGGCAUCCUUACAUGGCUUCUCAUCAGAAGAUGCUUUGGAAUACUACAAACCCUCCACUACCCUGGAUGGGACCAACAAGCUCUGCCAGUUCUCCCCAGUUCAGGAAGUGUCAGAGCAGACUCCAGAAACCAGCCCAGAUAAGGAGGAAGCCCACAUCCCCAAGAAGGCCCAGCCUGCCAGGCCUCCAGAGAGCCAGAGCAAGCGACUGCACACAGUAAGAACCAGCAGCAGUGGGGCCACCCAGAGGCCCCUCUUAUCUCCACUGCAGCGAAGUGGGAGUGUGGAAGACAAUUACCACACCAACUUCCUCUUCGGCCUUUCCACCAGCCAGCAGCACCUCACCAAGUCUGCUGCCGGGCUGGGCCUCAAGGGCUGGCACUCCGAUAUCUUGGCUCCCCAGACCUCUACCCACUCCUUGACCAACAGUUGGUAUUUUGCCACAGAGUCCUCUCACUUCUACUCUGCUUCGACCAUCUAUGGAGGCAGUGCCAGCUACUCUGCCUACAGCUGCAGCCAGCUGCCCACUUGUAGUGACCAAGUCUAUUCUGUGCGCAGGCGGCAGAAGCCAGGUGACAGGGCUGACUCUCGGCGGAGCUGGCACGAAGAAAGCCCCUUUGAAAAGCAGUUUAAACGCAGAAGCUGCCAAAUGGAAUUUGGAGAGAGCAUCAUGUCAGAAAACAGGUCUCGGGAAGAGCUGGGGAAGGUGGGCAGUCAGUCUAGCUUUUCAGGCAGCAUGGAAAUCAUUGAGGUCUCCUGAGGAGAAAGCCUUGUGAUUGCUAUUGACAGAUUUUCUUGUUCACAAAAAGUUUCCCUGUAAAUCUGAAAUAUGUAUAUAUAUACAUAUAUAUUUUUGGAAAAUGGAGCUGUGGUGUUAAAAAGCAAGAUGGAUCAACACAGUUGUUCUCUCUCAAUAUCUGCACUUGAGGGAUGAACUACUGUUUCUCUCAAAAGUGGAAGGGCAGGUGCUAGAAUUCCCCUACGCAGAGUAAACAAUUCUAGUCAGUGAACCGCUUAUCUUCUCAUUCCUACAAAAGCAAGUUUAUCCCCUCCACUGACUGUCACACCGUGCCGCAGAGAUCUCAGAUGCUCAGUGAUCCCUGCCCAAUCCCUUCCACAGUGCACCUUAGUGCUGAGACUGAGCCAGCUGUGGGCCGAGUGAGGGAGCCCUCUUGGGGACGGAACCCGAGAGGUAAAUCCCAGAGAAACGAUCCUCUCCAAAGCUGAUGCCCAAACCCAAGCUCACCCACCAGCCAAGUGAUAGGCACAUCACUCUGCCGGACAGACCAUGAGGGGCCUCGCCCGGAUCCACGGUAGAACCAACCCAGUACCUCAGACAGGACAGUCGGGGCUUUCACCACUACCAUGUCUGGGAGCCCGUUUUCUAGGCAUUGUGACUAGGUAGCGAGUCAGUUUCCAGACCAAUUCAAACUGUAUGUGCACAGAAUUCCAGUUAGUAAUGAAUGCAGUAGUUCCUAUUUCCGAAAGAAGGACGACUACCUAGGAUUCAACCUGGCCAGGAUUCUGGCAACAUGAUUUAAGCUAAAGUUGGGAGGCUAACCAUGUCUGCCUCCCUCUAUAAAUCAAAGAGUUGUUUUAAAUGGGGGGUUUAAUCCUUUAAUUGAAGGCUGACUUGGUUUAAAGCCAAUGUGAAUUACCUGAGUUGGUAACAGAGUGACAGAACCUUCAAGUUCUCAGCCAAAAAUUGGUGUUUUCCAUUUCUGUUUCAUUGCAUGGCUAGUUUGUAAAAGUGUAACAAAGCAGAAUUGUAUAGGAAACCACCUGGAGAGAAAACUACAGAGAGAUUAAGGAAGGUAAAAAUUACUAAGAGAAGCAGAAACGUUUCCUUGAUGGGUUUUUACCCCUUGGCAUGAGAUGAAGGUGAUAUUUCUGUAAUUCCAUCAGGCUUUUCAAAUUCACGAAUAGGGCUAGAAAGGUUUUAGGAAACAAGGAAUAUUCAGAAUAAAACAGUAUAGGAAGAUGAAGAGAAGGCUGCUGGAUCUUGUUCAGCUGUGAAUAGAAAGUAAGUCACAGCCAGCUCUUUUCAAAAACUGCCCUGCGUGUUUUUAGUAUCAGAAUGGAGGGAGACAAGGUGGUCUCAUGUCUGUGACCUACGGUCAUGUGUGGAAUCAGUUCUGGCAGCUGAACUCAGGCAGCGAUUAGAGCAGUGCACAAGUAACUGCGGAUCUGGCUUGUGUUAUCAACUGUUGGACAGUCCUCUUUUGAAGCCUUAAUUCACAUCAGCAGCUUUUGGCGGGGUAAGGAAGGGGGCAGGUGUUGUCAGUGUUCUUUACUGUAAGUGUAGCUUGUUGAUCACUCGUAUCUCAGGUUUUUCUAUGUUUGAGAAAUGGACAGUCCUCUGAGUAGGAUGGGACUUCAUGUUUCCUAUGGUGACUGCUAUGUGUGUCAGCACAGUGACAUGAUUCAGCACUGGCUCAGUCAUGAGGGUUGUGGGCUUCACAGACAAAACUGGUUGUGUACAAAUAAUGUGCUACAAUGUGGGUGUAAGCUGCACGGGGAGCAUGUUGUUAGCAUACUGAAAAGGUUCUUUUAAAUGAUCUCAUUUUUCUAUGUACACCUUUUACAUAAUCAAGCAUUCUAAAGCUUUCACGUGGUAAUUCCGAUGUGUCAUGUAGACACCAAAUGUGUAACAGAAUUCACACCCAGAACCUGGUUCCAUCUGUCAAACAUUUUAGAGAUGAAACCAAAAGAGCUCCAUGGUUAAAGCUGUUUUCAG